AUGUUCUUCAAAGAGCUUUGUGAUGGUGCGCAGGAGUUCGUGAGCAGUGACACGUAUGCCGAGCAGUGCUCCAAGGAAGCUAUAAAGGCUGGUGGGAUUGGUGAGAAGGGAAAUGAUUCUGGAGAUGAUAGCGGUUCUGGAAGUGAUGGUGGCUCUGAUAAGGAGGCCGACGCCGAUUCUGGGAGUACUGCCAUCGAGAUGCCGACCAAGACAAACGAGUCGGCCAGUGAAAAAACCAACGAAAAGGGCGAAUCCAACGAGAUAGGUGCUGCAACCACGACAGGUGAUUCUAGCAAGACAUCCGAGACAGCUCAGACAACAUCUGGUGCGAAGGCGACAGCUAUUCCAGCUAUGGCCCUUUUUGCUGGCCUCGGAUUGCAGUUCAUCAAUGUCUAA